GGAAGCGGUACGCGAUCUCGAAGACGUCAGCCUUCGGAAGAUAACAUAGAAGACGGAGAUCCCACCCAACGCUCGCGGACUGAGGACGUUGAAGACGCCGAAGAUGCACGACCUACGCGUGCGUCGAGAACGGGCUCAAAGGCAUCCAAGUCCGACAGGACAAGGGGAGGAAGGACGAAGAGCAACCGUUCCAAAGACGGAAAUGAUGAUGCAUCCGACGAUGAGGAUCAAAAGCCUGAGUUGGGUCUGGGUAUUGACAUCAACAACUUCCAAGACCAGCCGCUUUCCAAGGCAGAUGCGCGGAAGGUAGCCGCCCUUGCGCAAGACUGGGAACAAAUAAAAAGAAAUAUGAGAUCUGCUACCCUUCCUCUCGUCGAAUCAGUUGCUGUAGCUAUGGCAGAAGCAGGCGAAAACAAAGAUGGAGAAGAGGCUCUUAAAGAACUAGAAGACACCGAGACGCUCAUGCGAGAGCUCCUCGACCUGCAGGCGGAGCUUUUAGCCCACGAAGAUACGCUGAAUACACUCUCGAACAGCAUUGCUCGCGGCGAGGCAAUUGAUAAUAUACAGCAACGGUACACAGAUGGUGUUGAUAACGCAAAGGAGUCAUGGCAGAACAGAACGACAAGACAGAAAUAUGCGAGAGACGAAGAUUACAUCAGAUUCAAGUCAAGUAUCUUCGAGGUUCAACAUCCCGAUCAGGGCAUGCCCCCUUUGACCGACUUCAUUCCAAGCGAGGAGGGUGAUGAGUCUGACGAUGAUGACGUCGCCGUCGGUGGUGUCUCGCAAGUGUAUACCUGCCCACUAAGUCUAAGGGUCUUGGAAAACCCUAUGUCCUCGAAAAUAUGCAAGCAUAGUUUCUCCAAGGAUUCAAUUGUGGAAUACUACAGUUCAAACCGGUCGUUAAAGAAGAAAUGCCCUGCAGCUGGUUGUAGCGAGCUGCAAGGGUUGUCUGAUUUUGUGCCUAAUCUUGACCUUGAGCGGAAGGUCAAGGCACACGUCCGAAGAGAACAGCGACGACAAGCGGAGGCAGAUAGCGAGGAAGAGCAAGUGGAGGAA